AUGUAUAGCAUCCUCAUUGAUCCAUACAUCAAGGAAUGCGAUCAACGUGAAUAUCUAUUCAAUGCCAUUGAAACAAUGCCAGCUGCCAGGAAGUGGAUUUCAUCAGAAUCGGACAACUUCGGUAAACGUGUCAUCGCCUUUGCCGCUGUUGAGGGCAUCUUUUUCAGUUGUAGUUUUGCCUCCAUCUUUUCGCUUAAGAAGCGUGGCCUUCUGCCCGGCUUGACAUUCUCCAAUGAACUGAGAAUGUUCAAAUAUCUGGUACAGAAACCAG